ACUGCAUAUAUAUUGCCUUGAAGCGCGACAUGAGUCUGCUAGUAAUAUCACCUAUAGCUAUGUUUCUGAACCGCGUUGUACCUCGUGCCACUGCGUCUUUCUUUCGCUCUCCACAACAAGCAGGAAGUGUUCUCUCAAGAACCAUGGCGACGGCAGGCAAGAAGAAGGAAUUCCUUUGCAUCAUGCCUGAUCGGCCUAACGUCCUAGAACUGAGAAGGAAGAUCAAAGGUGGCCACUAUGAAGGCAUCCAGCCGUUGAUUACCGGAGGCAAGCUUGUUGAUGGAGGUGCAAUUUUUGCAGAACAUCCACAGGAAGGAAAAGACGCACAGUUCUUGGGAAGUGUGGUUGUAUACACGGGUGAGAAUGUCGAAAAAGUUCGAGAACUUAUCAACAGCGACAUCUACGCUAAGAGCGGGGUGUGGGAUCUUGAAAAGGUUCAGAUUUAUCCAUAUAUUCCUGCUGUCAGACAACCACUCCCUUGAAUAACCUUCUUCCCCGGGAUGUAUCGUCUUAAAUUUCAAAUAUAAAUCGAGAG